CAAAUAAACAAUGUCGUCAAUUUAAAGAGUCUUGUAGAAGAUAUCCACAGUGUGGAUAUUUCAAGAUUCGAAGUACCAUUGGCUCCGCUUGAUUUGUUCUUGGUCCUGAAAGAGAUAUAUGAAAAUGAAUUGGAACAUGAGGUUGUAGAAAUAAACAACGAUAUGGAUAUGAUGGUGAUGAUUGACAAUAAUAAUGAUCUGUCAUUAAAUAAUACCAACCGAUCAUCAAAUAAUAAUCACAUUCCAAUAAUACAAGAACAUAAUCAAGAUGUUCCUCAAAUAAUUAGUCAAGAUGUUCCAGACGUUUCCCAAACAACUAUUCAUGAUGUUCCGGAUGUUCCUCAAAUAAUUAGUCAAGAUGUUCCAGACGUUUCCCAAACAACUAGUCGUGAUGUUCCGGAUGUUCCUCAAAUAAUUAGUCAAGAUGUUCCAGACAUUUCCCAAACAACUAGUCAUGAUGUUCCAGACGUUUCCCAAACAACUAGUCAUGAUGUUCUGGAUGUUCCUCAAAUAAUUAGUCAAGAUGUUCCAGAUGUUCUUCAAAUAAUUAGUCAAGAUGAUCUCCAAAUGGAGCUUGAUCAAGAUGUACAAGUACCUGAUGAUCAAGACAAUCAUCAAAUAGUAACUUAUCAAAAUGAACAUCAGAUAGUACAAGAAUCUAAUCAAGACUCUUGUAGAAAAAAAAAAUGGUCACAACAUGAGAUGAAUAUUAUCAUAGAAUUUAUCUUAGAUAAAAAAAUCAAUAUUAGAAAACUUAAUGUUCCAGAUGUUCUUCAAAUAAUUAGUCAAGAUGAUCUCCAAAUGGAGCUUGAUCAAGAUGUACAAGUACCUGAUGAUCAAGACAAUCAUCAAAUAGUAACUUAUCAAAAUGAACAUCAGAUAGUACAAGAAUCUAAUCAAGACUCUUGUAGAAAAAAAAAAUGGUCACAACAUGAGAUGAAUAUUAUCAUAGAAUUUAUCUUAGAUAAAAAAAUCAAUAUUAGAAAUGAUGUUCUGGAUGUUCCUCAAAUAAUUAGUCAAGAUGUUCCAGAUGUUCUUCAAAUAAUUAGUCAAGAUGAUCUCCAAAUGGAGCUUGAUCAAGAUGUACAAGUACCUGAUGAUCAAGACAAUCAUCAAAUAGUAACUUAUCAAAAUGAACAUCAGAUAGUACAAGAAUCUAAUCAAGACUCUU